AUGGUGAAGGGCGGUCGCGGUGGCGGUUCCAAGAAGAAGGCGCAGAGCAAGUCGGCCAAGGCAGGACUCACCUUUCCGGUCGCGCGGAUCGGGCGGGCGCUCCGCACCAUGCGCCUCGCGAAGCGCUAUGGCGCGGGCGGACCUGUCUACCUCACCGCCGUCAUCGAGUACAUGGCUGCCGAGGUGCUCGAGCUCGCGGGCAAUGCCUGUCGCGACAACAAGAAGAAGCGCGUCACGCCGCGCCACCUCGUCCUCGCGGUCCGCAACGACGAGGAGCUCAACAAGUUCCUCGGCGGCGUCACCAUUGCCUCGGGCGGCGUCCUCCCCAACAUCCACUCGGUGCUCCUGCCCAAGAAGUCGAAGGUCGCCGGCAAGGGCGCCUCGCAGGAGUUCUGAAGUUCCGCCGCAUCCACCGUCCCUCCGCGCGCCGCCCCCCUCCCUCCCUACCUACCGGACCUUCUCGGCGGGGGAGCAGGGGCCCUGGGGGCAGGGGUGGGGUGCUGGGGUCGUGGCGCGACGAUCUACCAUAUAUGUCUCGCAAGACCAUGGCGUGGUGGUGGUAUUGUUUUCUCGUUCCUGAGCUGCCUUCGAUGUU